AAUGACUAUUAUUUACCACCAAGAUCAGCAUGGUCACGUGUACCUCCACAUCCUUCAAAAACACACGGGAACGCCAGAUGGAAAGUUGGCAGCGCCGUGCUCAUAAUAGCAGCAUUAUUAGUAAUAAUUGUAGUAGUAGCUAUUGCCGGGCUUGCUUUAUGGAUGGGAGCCAUGAGAUCCGACUCGACCAACGCGGUACUUGUGUUCUCCUGCAGCAUACGGAUUAACAGAGGAGAAAAGUAUAAUCCGAUGCUAAAACUAAAUACGAGCAUGGUAUUCCGCGAGAAGGAACGCAAAUACAAAAACAUAUUUGACGCGCUCUUCAAAAGAAGUGUCCUUGGACCCUCGUUCAAGCAAGCUAUCAUAGAUAGAUUCGAGAAUGGCACGCUCAAGGUCUUUUUCAGGUUGUACCUGGACAGAAGAAAGAUUCCCCGUAGCAUAACUAACGUCGAAGAAACCGUACAGGAUAUAAUUGCUCAAGAAACCUACUCAUCUUCAUCACUCUUCAAUGACAUGGAACUAGAUCUUACCAACAUCAUCGUCCGCAGACUUACCGAUGUUUCUCCGAGGACGCAAAAACCCCUGGUGUCCCAGCGCAAUGCAAUGAUAACCAAAAAUGGACUUCUCCGUCCCUCCAGAAAUAACACGCUUCUGAUCAACACCAAAUCGAAACCAAAUCUAAAUUCAAAACCCGCCAAGAUGGAACCCAGCGAGGCUGACAUUGACUUUGCAAAUAUUCCGACUAUCCAGGGAACCUAUCAGGCGACCAAAAUUAAUCCUGUGGCUACCAAAACCACCACCGAGGUUAGUUCUCAAAUUCAAAAAACUGAAACCAAAAUCGAAUCAGGAGUCAUCGAAAUAAAAAAGGAAACAAAGGUUGGAAAAGAAACGACAACUGAAGAAAUUACUAGUUCAGUUAGUUGGAAAGAAGAAAGUACUACUAGUACUUCGUCAACUACUUCUCCUACCACUACUACAACUACUACCAAAAAGCCUUUCAACAGUUUUCCACAACCAGACUUUGAAGAAUCCCCCUGGCGUCCAAUCAUACCCAGUUACAGUCAAGAGUCAAAACUGAAAGAUUCUGGGGUGAAAACUGAAAGUUCUAUUGAAAUAGAGAAGAUUUCUUUAACCACUCCAGUCCCAGCGAUCAAAUUUAACCUUCCUGCCGUAGCUUUGUCGCCUGUUGACAUGCAGGAUACGGAUUUCCCUCAUGACAGAAUAGUCCCGCAAGAAAUGGUGAACUUCAGGCCGAAUGGGAAGUUUAAAAAUAAAAUUCCAGGGGUGGAAGAGCUCGAGAAACCGGAAAUUGAAGUCUCUGGCCAACUUCCUCCAGAAACUUUCAAUUUGCAUGUGGGAACUUCCGGGACUCAGAAUUUUAAGCCAGUUGAUUCAAAGCAUCCGGUUAUAGAAACUGAGGAGCCGAUUUUGCUGACUUCUGAAUUUUCUGAAAUUUCUGGGGUUGGAAUAGCAGAGCCUGUUUCGGAAUUGGACUUGGAGCUGGAUCUAGAGUCGAGGAACAAAUUUUCGGAUAUUGCGGCUCUGCCGGAGAGGGUUCAAGAGAAAGAUGAAAAGCAGCCGAUUUACACGAGCUACAAAACACCUAAUUUGAACGGAGAGAGCAAUCCUAGUCUGGUGGAGCAUUCGGGGACCUUGAAACCUUUUAGGCACACCAUUCCUGUGGAUAAGAUCAAUUUGAACCCAGAAAAGGUUCAAAUUGAAGAAAACAAAGAUGAAAAGAUCAUUAAUGAAAGUAAUUAUAGUGCAAAAUAUGAAGAUUUUAGUGUUACUGAAGUUGAUUUUAUUCCAUCAGAUUCGACGGACAGAAUUGAUGAUGAUAAGGUUAUGACUCUGAGCACUACUGAAAUUGAUGCUGAGUUGCUGCACACCAAUUUUGAUACUGAGAAAUUGGAUCUUCAGCAAGCUACUGUGGCUUCUGAAGUUUUGGAAACAACGGAGGGUCAAACUCAAGCUCCGGAGCUGUUUAUUUGGACGUGGAACAACGAAACUAAGCCUGAAGUGGAACAGAAAAAGACUUACAAUGAAACUUUGAAGGCGAACAUUGUGAGAGAUGAAAAUCGGGAUGCCAAUCCACGCGUGACAAAUGCUACGGAAAGCCAAAAGUCGCUAAUGGAUGAAGGUAGUAUUAGAAGCAGUGAAUUGUUGGAGAAGUUAUUCAGUACUAAAGAUCUCGAGAGCAAACCGUCGAAUGUGGAGGAGCAUAGACCGAUUCAAAGCAUUGUAGAAGUUGUUACGUCGAUUAGCACCAAAGUUUCCACGAAAGUUAGGACUAACAAUGUUGUUUUAAGCUUUGAUAUCACCAAUUCUACUUCACCGCCAAUAAUUCAUAAUGAUGAAGAAGAAAACGGGAAAAAUUCUGAGGGAGCGAAUUCAGAAAAUCGGUCAUUUAGUGACCAAAUUAGUCCUAGUGAUUUGGAAACGUUUGAUUUAAAAACUCUGCAGUCUUUUGAUCGAAAAAUUUCGACGCAGGAAAAGGAGGCGAUUUUGGAGAAACUGAAAAAGUUAGCUGAGGUUAGAACAGAUUCAGAUUCUGUGAAAGGAAAAAAUAGUACGAGAGUGACAAAGUUUCCGGAAAUUGAUAAGAAUCAUAAGAAUUUUGUGGAUGUUGAGGAGCUGAAGAAAUUCGCGGAUAUUGCGAUGGGAAAUAAAACAAUUGCGGGGAAUUUCAGCAGCCAAGUUACGCUAAGUAGGGAUGGAAUUGAAGUUCAUAAGAAAGUUCUAAAUAAAGUUGUCAAGGAUGAAGAAGAGGUUGUAAAAGAAAAUUCUGAAAGCUGCAAGGGGUUCAAAUGCCCGGACGGAAAGUGUCUUCCCGCUGCGGGAAGGUGUAAUAUGUUGGGAGAGUGCGCGAAUUCUGAGGACGAAGCGAAUUGCACGUGUGCUGACUUUCUGAGGUCGCAGUUGCUCCAUCAAAAAAUUUGUGACGGAAUUCCAGAUUGUUGGGACUAUUCUGACGAAUCCCAGUGUGAUUGGUGCUCUGUUGGCCAGUUUGUUUGUGGAAAUUCGAGGUUUUGCAUUGAUGUUGUCAAAGUUUGUGAUGGGUACAAAGAUUGUCCUGGAGGUGAAGAUGAGAAAAAAUGCGCGGCUCUAAUUGAUGAUGAUGAUGAUGAUGAUUUUAGAGAGGACAAAAGUGUUUUGAAGAAAAUUUCAAAUUGGGAAGAGAGAAAGGAAAAAAUUAACUCGACUUUCCAACUGGAAGAUCAAAAAGCUGUGGAAACAGUUGCUACGACUUUUAGAAUAGAAACUUUGAAGGAAGAGAUUCAGAAGAGUGUUUUAAACACGGGAAUGUUUGACGGUAAUUUUGACGGAAGACAAACGAGGGUGGGGGAAAACACGAAAGUUUUUGGUAGAGAAAUAGCUGUUGAUGCUAAAACUAAGAAUGUCAUUGAUAAUGAUCAAAAAGGAUUCAGUACAAAAGUUAGUAUUCCGGUGAACAAAAAACCAGAUGAUUUUUUUAAUAAUGAUUAUAGUUACAUUAAAAAUAAUUUGGGGACGGAGAUAAAUAGUUACAGCGACAGAGGAUACUUGAGUGUAAGGAAAAAUGGAAAAUGGGGAAAAUUGUGUUUAAAUAGCACGGAUGGUUUGUUGGAUGACAAAAGAACUAUUUGGACUAUCGAAGACCUUGGACGGGCUGUUUGCAAGGCUAUUACUUAUCAAGACUACGAAAAAGUUGAAAAAGUAAUAGAGAAGCGAAAAGGACGUAACCAAAUCUACUACAGCUUAUUCUUCAAUGAUAAAUUACCGGAUAAAACAAGCCUGACAUUCAAAACAUCGGAUUGCCCGAGCGGCGAAGUCCUGAAGGUGAAAUGCAAGAGUUUGGAGUGCGGAAUAAGAACGCAAACAACUUCACAGGCUAGAAUCGUCGGAGGAGGCAGUUCCGAAGCAGGAAGCUGGCCUUGGCAAGUUGCACUCUACAAAGAAGGUGAUUAUCAAUGUGGAGGCGCUUUAAUUAGUGACAAAUGGGUUCUAUCAGCCGCUCAUUGUUUUUACAACGCUAAGAACGAGUACUGGGUUGCGAGGAUAGGAGCUACUCGACGAGGAAAUUUUCCGAGUCCGCACGAGCAAAUACUGACGCUUGAUUUCAUCAAUUUGCAUCCAGAAUAUAUCGACAGCGGGUUUAUAAACGACGUCGCACUUUUGCGUCUCGAAAGACCCGUCAUUUUUAGCGAUUACGUACGUCCCGUUUGUUUGCCAGACAGCGAACCUAAAAGUGGGACCAUAUGUACAGUAACCGGAUGGGGACAAUUAUUUGAAAUUGGUCGCAUAUUCCCUGAUACACUUCAAGAAGUGGAGCUGCCUCUAAUAUCAACAGAAGAAUGCAGAAAAAAAACAUUAUUCUUACCGCUGUAUCGUAUAACAUCAGGAAUGCUCUGCGCGGGAUUAAAAGACGGGGGAAGAGACGCUUGCAUGGGAGACAGUGGUGGUCCACUUGUUUGUCGCGAUAAAACAAAUGAUAAGUACACGUUACACGGUAUUACAUCGAAUGGUUACGGAUGUGCGAGACCAGGGAGACCCGGUGUUUACACAAAAACGAUUCAUUAUUUACCGUGGAUCGAGAGGUCAAUGAAACAGAAGGACGUGAGGCCGUUGAUACCCGCCUGCAAAGGACACAGGUGUCCUUUGGGCGAGUGCCUUCCGCGGUCGCGCGUCUGCAAUGGGUUCCUCGAGUGCUCAGACGGCAGCGACGAACGCGACUGUCCUUCUAGUUCAUGAUUUAACAACAACAACAACAACAACAACAACAACAACAACAUCUACUCAACUUGUUAAAUUAAUUCCCUUUAAUUAAACAUAAACAUUUAUUUUAUUUAAAUAAAAUAGAUAAAGAUAAUUAAUUUUAAAAUUAAUGCAAACGCUAAUUGCUCAUGCCACCGCGUGUUAAGUGUAUAAAUGUCCAUGUCGAUUUAUUGAUUGUUCUAAUUACUGAUUGACGUGAUAACUCGCUCAAUUGUGCAAUAAAUUUAUUAAUUUAUCGUUUUUUAAUAAGACUGGUUUUAUAAUAUUAAUAAUAAUGAUAAUGAAUGUAAUUUUAAUUUUAAUUAAUACUAAAAGUAUACGUGUUCAAUUGAUCAUUGAGUAAUUAACAAUGAUUAGUAUAUUAAUUUUUUUGUAAUUCAUUUUGAUUAAAAACAUUCAAUGUAAUUAUAACGAAAGUGUGAUAAUAUUUAAAAUUAAAAAGAAAAAAU